UGACAAUUCUUCAGGUUCUGGUAAUAAUAUUAAUGAUAUACCAGCUGGUAAUGGUGAUGGUAAUGAUGAUGACAGUGGAUGGGAUGAUCCAGAGGAUAUAGAAGCUGAAAUUAAGCUUAAUCAAAGAUUAAAAGAAUUCAAAGAUUCCUCAAAUGAUUCAGAAAAUAAGAUUUUUAAUCCAUAUACUUAUCAAAUAGCUGAAAAAAUAAAAGAUUUAAAAGAACAGUUAGAGAAACAAUAUAAUCAAUUAACAGUUGUUGAGUAUAAUCAUAAAAGAGCAAUAUUUGAAUAUCUUACCUUAUUAAAUAGUAAUAACAGACGUAAAAGA